AUGGAGCCUGAACCACGCAGUGGUCCCGGACUGGGGGACCUGGAAAAAGAACUCACUUGUUCGAUCUGCACAGACCUGCUAUACCAACCCCUCACCCUCCUCGACUGCCUACAUACCUUCUGCGGCUCGUGUCUGAAAGAAUGGUUCGCCGUGCAGGGCGGCGCCCGCCGUCGAUCGUCGUCCUCCUCCCCGCGCUUCACCUGCCCAUCGUGUCGCGCCGUCGUGCGCGAAACCAGACCCAAUGCUACCGUCACCACGCUGCUGGAUAUGGUCCUGGCGAAUAACCCCGAGCGAGCAAAGCCCGAGCCCGAGAGGGAGGAGAUCGCGAAGAAGUAUAAACAUGGCGAGUCGGUGUUUCCGGCCCUCGUGGCGGAGGCAUCCGCUGGGGCCGAGGGCGAAGAGGAUCGCAGGUUGUUGGAGGAGGUGAGGGAGCUGAGUUUGAGAGAUGCCAGGAGGUCGGCGAGGGAGUCGCGGAGUCGCGCGGGCAGGGCAGAGAGUGUCGAUGCGGAUGCGAGGUCGAGGCGACGGAGAGAGGAGGAUAGGGCGGCCAGGAGACACCAGCAGCAGCAACAGCACCGGGCACUACGGUCGGAGGAUGCGUCGCGCCGUACGAGGCAGAUCGAGCAUCAGAGUAGUUUGCGGUCGUUGUUGAGUUUGUCGGAUACCGAGACGAUGGAGGAGGAGAUUUUGCGGCAGAUUCUGGAGGAGGGGCUCUUGGAGGAUAUCGAUUUGGAUAAUCUCGGCCCGCGCCAGGAAGAGGAGCUCAGUGAGCGGAUUGCCGACGCCUAUCGGCGGAGACAUCGCUUGCGGUCGCGAUCGCAGCAGAGACAGGAGGGCGGCGAGACGCCCUCGCAGCCUUCGAGUCGCCCUCGGGCGAGAUCGCAGUCUGUGCAGAGGCCUCCGCCGUCGGCUCCUACGACGCCUACUACGACGACGUCGCCCCGCGAAUCGUCGAGAAACCCGCCCGUGUCGAGGCCGUAUCUGCUGGACCCGCUGGUGUCGCGGUCGGGCCAGCCAGGUCAUCAUAGGCGGUUAUCUGAUCAGGGGAGUAGUCGCCGGCGGACGUCGCCCGUGCCUGUUAAUCCGGCGUCGUCGUCGGAGGUCUCGUUGAGACCGGCUACGAGGUCGUCGAGCGACAUGGUUGCCGAGCGCCCUCGCAAUUCGUACUCCGAACGGGCCAGAGCGUCUGAUUCUACGGCUCCGCGAUCACGGCGGGCGACUGCAUCUGAACAAAGCGUGCCGAAUAUCUGGGUGAAUGGAGCAAAUGAUAGGGAGCUGCGACGGCAGAGGCCUGGUCGACAAUCGAUCGACAUUCCUACGUCGGCCCCCUCGCCUCUACAGAACGUGCAGAACAAUUCGAGCGCCCGCCGCCCUGAGCCUAUUAUCACCAACCCUGCGACGACAAGCUCCUUGACUGCCGAAAUCAGCAGCCCGGUUCGGCAGGAUGCGCGAUCUCGAUCGUCGUCGUCGCGAUCCACCGCUUCGCAGAUGACGGCGUCCUAUGUCGAACCGUCGAUUUCAUGCGACCGAUGUGGAAAAGCGAAUAUCCAGUACAGCCUACACAAGAAAUGUACUGAAUGCAAGGAAGGUGGUUACCAUCUCUGUCUAAGAUGCUACCGCCAGGGCCGGGGCUGUUUGAACUGGGCGGGUUUUGGACCAUCUGCAAAAACCAACUACGAACAGAUUUGCGCUGCCUCCAAUGACCAGCCUGCCCCCUCCAAUGAGUCCCAGCAUAUUCUGAUGUCAUCCAAGUACAAACGACCAGUGGACGGCGUCCGUCGCUCACGAGACGGGCGAGAAGUGACCAGUGACGACCCAGCCAGAAGAUUGCAGACGGGGCUUUUCUGCGAAAUCUGCCAUUCUCCCGCCAAUAACUGCUUCUGGAAAUGCAACGACUGCAACGAAGGCGACUGGGGGUUCUGCAAUCGAUGUGUCAACCAGGGCAAAUGCUGCACGCAUGCACUCUUGCCGAUCUGCCGCGUUGCAGCUGACACCCGCUCCGACCUGCCGACUCCGUCAUCGGCUCGCAGCGAAGCAUUCAAGAUCCUCGCCUUCUCGACCAACUGCGAUAUCUGUGCCCAUCCCAUUCCUCCAUCUGUUCUGCGAUUCCAUUGCCUAGAAUGCAACAACGGCGACUACGACAUUUGUGCUAACUGCUAUCUCAAACUGGUGGCGACCGGGAAGAUCCGCAAGGAAAAUGGACAUAAUGGCUGGCGACGCUGUCUGAAGGGCCAUCGGAUGGUUGUCAUCGGGUUUGAGGAUCACGAGGCGGGCCAGCAGCGAGUGAUCGUGUGUGACUUGGUCGGCGGCCGCGCACUGAAGGAUGAACAUGUUCAACACUCCUCAUCGGCGUCGGCAUCGCCCGUCGUUGCAGGUACGCCGUCUAGCGAGACUCCAUCCGGCGACUGGAGCUGGAAGGAAGGCGCCGAGCGACGCAAAAAGGCCUCGCGCGUACGCACUCCGUGGAUGGUUGAGCGCGAUCGCAACGGAUCUCACCAUAGCACCUCGGAGCCGUCGACUCCGAUUACGGCCAGCUCAAACCCGUCCACUCGUCGAUUCCCCCCGAAUGGCGGCGUGGGCGUCGUUCUUCAUGCGUUGUGGUCGUGGUAUCCGGAGGACGGAAUGCAAGACGAGUUGAUGUUUCCCCGGGGCGCCGAAAUCACCGAGGCGGAGAAUAUCAACGACGAUUGGUAUUGGGGAUGCUAUGCCGGCUCGACGGGCUUGUUUCCUGGCGCUCAUGUUUUUGUGGUGGGAGAGAUUGCUUAG